ACAAUCCACCGCCAGAAUGUGAGUGCGACGUUGGUUGGCGCCUUUUGGUCAGUUGUGAGCGCGCUUUCGUCGAAGUAACACGCGGUUCCCAUUCAGUCGUCGCCAGUUCGAAUAAGCCGGGUGCCCCUUUUUUGUGAUCUGCUGGUACAGUGAUUAGAAAGGCAGGAUAUUCGUGAGCUCCUUGGUGUGAUUGAGGUUUAGUUCAAGUGCAAGAAAGCAUUCAUACCGACAAUUUGGUUAGACGAUCGAGAUCUGUCCAUUGAAAUGGUUUGAUUGAUUUGUGAACGAUGAAUAUGUCAGAUGCAGUCGUUGGGGGUGGCUGACAGCAGAGAUGACGGUAACGGUGGAUGCAGGAAUAAAGUGUGAUGCUGCAGAUGAUGAUGAUGCAUCAUGAUGGUGGUGGAUUUGCAAUGCAUCGGAAAGUGGGUUACAUUCGAUCAAAGAAGAUUCAGCACCUGGUCAAAUAGCAUUUCGAAAGCGUGUGAAGUGUUCGGUGAUUACGUUUUUUCAGUGGGCAACCGAUAUUACCACCAACAAGCGCGUUCGACAUGAGAUGCUCGGUAAAUUGAGUUUCAGUUUGUGUGGAAAUUCGAUUUGCUGGAUUUUAUCCGCGGUCCAUACCAGUACCGGAUUAGUGCAGCGUUCCAUGGAUGAAACCUUUAUGUCAGGGAAUGAAAAUUUGAGUUCCAGAAUUCGUCCAACCGUGAAAGUGCAUUUCUGGGGGAUUUGUCAUUCCACAAAAGUAAAAUUAAUCAUGUUGAUGAUUAUUCAAUUGUGUAUACACACAACAACACCACAUGAAGUGAAAGAUGUGUUAACUGAGUUGCGAUGAGAAGAAAUAUAAAUAAUGAAUAAUUAUCAGAUACCAAUGGAAGAGGAGCAUUAGUUGAACAUAUAAUAGGCAAAGAAGCUGUUGAUAAUUGAAGUGACAUAAUAAUUAAAAGUAGUGAAUGGAGCACACCUAAUUAUCAAAAAUGUAGUUAAAUGUGUUUGUGUUGCACCCACCGAUUCGCGACCAACGAGUGGUGGUAAUAAAGAUCCAUCCAAUACAAAACAACACGUCCCGGCGCAAUUGGUAACCCCACCUCGCAACGUUGUUCAGUUCGUUGUUGCAGUCGUUGCUGAAUUUAAGUGGAUGCAGUGAACAAAUAAAAAAAGAAACACCCAAAACACGAAUAUAUUCUCCGAAUCCGGAAUCCGGAGUUUGUGUGCCGUGUCGUCGUCGUCCUCGUCCUCGUCGUCGCCAGGGUAGCCCAUUGAAUGGAAAUAAUAGAUGAGGGCACUGUAGCGAAAAAUAAUCGUUUCCAGAAGCGAUCGUGAUAAUUUGGAAAACUGUUCUCGAAAGCGUGUUUCGAAUCCGGUGCACGGUUGCAAUUUGGAGUCCGGCUGAGAAUGUUUCCUAAAUAACCGAGACAAGAACGAUUCGUUUGAUUGAGAGCCCGCUUACCAUGUCACAUCAGAUGGUGAUUACUCGCACCGGCUAACAGGAAGCCCGGCCAAAACACGCCAAAUCGAUAUGCUGGAAAACGACCAACCCUUAUCCGAUUGGUGCACGGGGAACUAUUGGUCAACGGUACGCUAUUUGCUUUCCUGUGCGAACUACAACAACACAUGGACUUCCUACUGGGGGCCGGAUAUCAUCUGUGACUUUAACCAAUUCGCUCUUUCAUCGACCGACCAGUCGUCACCACCGAGCGCCACUCGCCACACGCUGAAAGGUGGCAGCACAAUUGGAGUCGCUGGAACCUCGGGCAGCUCUGCAGGCAACUCAUUUAUUGACCACAAUUCAGUGAUCCGGGUUGGCAUCCAGUGCUAUCAAAACUUCAAAUGCAUUUUGAAAAUGAUUACCCCAGGCAGCGACAAUCACGGCGCCAGAAAUCACUCCGUACCGGUAGACGUACGGUGGACCGAUGCAUUGUACGAGUGCAAUCCUUUGAUGUCAACCGACAAAGAGGACGACCUGUUGACGGAAUGCAUCACGAGCUACAAUACCACAAUCGUUGCGCGUAACGUCGUCAAACCAGUGUCGGAGCUGUUGCUCAAACUACCAAAGCUGUCACUGGAAAUAAUGGCCGGUCGGAGUGGUUUCUUGUCGAACGAUACGACGAUAGCGGGGCAGCCGUGCAUGCAGGACAUCACUCGGGUCAGUUACCACCAUUAUCAGCUGAUUUGCAACAACAGUGCCGGUCGGUUUACCUUCUACGAGAACGACCAGUUCGAUCUGUUCAAUUCGUCAUCGUCCGCUCUGCUGGAGCCCGUCCAGUGUCUGCUGAACGUGGAGUACGACGAUGUGAUCAACCAACUGACGGGAAUCGUGUUUGCCAACGGGACAACGGUGGCCAGCUCGCUGAUGACCUUCGGCACCCGGUACGAGUGGGGUUUCCUGUUUGUUAUUAUGCUCAUCUUCGCCGGCGGACUCGGCAACAUUUUAGUUUGCCUCGCCGUGGCCCUGGACCGUAAGCUGCAGAACGUUACGAACUACUUUUUGCUAUCGCUGGCGAUAGCCGAUCUACUGGUGAGCCUCUUUGUGAUGCCACUCGGAGCCAUACCCGGUUUUUUAGGAUACUGGCCGUUCGGUGUGACGUGGUGCAACAUCUACGUAACGUGUGACGUGUUGGCCUGCUCGGCAAGCAUCCUGCACAUGUGCUUCAUCAGCUUGGGGCGAUAUCUGGGCAUCCGCAAUCCACUUGGCAGCAGGCACCAUUCGACCAAACGCUUGACCGGCAUUAAGAUUGCUCUCGUGUGGCUGAUGGCCAUGUUGGUUUCGAGUUCGAUUACCGUUCUAGGUAUCAUCAACAAGAACAACAUAAUGCCCGGUCCUCAAGAGUGCGUUAUCAACAACCGGGCGUUCUUUGUGUUCGGCUCGCUGGUGGCCUUCUACAUCCCAAUGGUGAUGAUGGUCAUUACGUACGCGUUGACGGUACAGCUGCUGCGGAAGAAGGCACGUUUCCUGGAGCAGCAUCCGGAGGGGGAACUGUUUCGGAGACUAGGAGGUCGUUUGUCCAAAGCUAAGCACCACUCUGCCGGAAAUGGAGGAAAUAGCCCCGUGGGCUGUCAAAGCGAUGAUUCAAUGUGUUUAUCAAAGAAAAACCCUCUGGAACGGCGGAAAAACAGCAGCAAUAACCACAACGAUAGACUGCUUUCCUAUGGCGGAACGGCUCCUUGGCGGCUUCACGGUCUCAACACGGACAGGUUAGGUACCAUCUCGGCGUCGACACAGGCGGUCUCCACGGCGGGGACCUACAGCAACGGUGGCACCGAUCCAACUGGCGUGCUUUCUCCUUUGAAUAGCAGUGCCAGCAGCAUGGCCCGACGAGCGAAGUUCCAUCACAACCAUCACCUCCCACAGCUGCACAAUCAUCAUCAUCACCAUCAUCGCCAUUUCCAUCGGUCUGACCUGUCGGGGCAACCCGGUUCGGGCACCUGCGACCAGAGCACCCAAACGCCGGAAAAUAUCGAGAGGGAAACACGGCGGCAACGAUUCUGCUCCUUCCGGUUGAAUCUGAAUAGUGUGCCAACACCGAGCAUAAAUUUCAAAUUGAAAUUUCUGGCCGGCAAAAAAACUAACAACCUCUCGGCAAACGCCGUUGCAACGGAGCAGAAGGCCACCAAGGUUCUUGGUGUCGUGUUUUUCACAUUUGUGUUCUGCUGGGCUCCAUUUUUCAUCCUGAACAUCAUCUUCGCCGCUUGUCCCGAGCUGAAAGUACCUGAAAAAAUCGUCAACAUCUGCCUCUGGCUGGGCUACGUUUCAUCCACCAUCAACCCAAUUAUUUACACCAUCUUCAACAAAACGUUCCGGGCGGCGUUCAUCCGAUUGCUGCGGUGCCGCUGCGAGAGGUCCCGUCGCCCUUCCCGGUACCGGUCGGUGAACGACAGCCGUGGUACCAUCAGUUUGUGCACGCCGACGGCCCUUCCGAUGGCGAUUUCCCUGCAGGGGGCUCCCCUUUUGACGCCAUCCAGUACUCAGGUGACGCCGCUUAGUGAUUUUCGUGGAUCCUACGAAAUCACCGACGACGAUUGUUAGAUACUGGUCGCUCUCUCCGCGUGGGCGGCUGGUCAAAUUUUGUAUGGAGGGAGCGAUCUGCACGCACAAGAGGGCCAAAUUCAUGGGAUGUUUUGGAAUAGCUGGUUUAUUUUGUACUCUGUGAGUUCACUCUUUUGAUGCGUGUUAGGUCUAGAAACUGUCCCUUGGAAAGUCCUAUCCUAUGUUAACGGGUAUGAAUCAAAACGAAUGGAACAAUCAAGGCAAAAAUUAGAGCUUAUGUUGAAGAGAUGACAUUAACUAGUCAUAGACGUCGAUAUGUGUUAAAACCGUAAAAACCGUGAAAAUACCAAUGAAUGAAGUUAGAACUAACAUGAGAAAUGUAAACCAAAAGUAUUACAAGUUUAAACUCGUAUAGGAAUUUAAAGUAGAAAAUUUAUUGAUGUUGCAUGAAAACGAAUGCUGAAAUAAAGAAAAAACUUGU